AUGGGGGUUUCUGCUAUGGAGGCGGCGGCGGGGCUGGCGCGACUUCUUUUCGUGCGCUGCGUGGCCGUGCAGCUCGACGCGGCGCACACGCUUUGCCUGUUACUGGUGCUUGGUGUCUCUGCCGUGGAGGCGGCGGCGGGGCUGGCGCGGCUGCUGUUCGUACGCUGCGUGGCCGUGCAGUUCGACGCGGCGCACGCGCUUUGCCUGUUAUUGGGUGAGUCGAGUCAGAGCUGGAGGUUUUUAGGCAGAGCGUGUGCAAGUCUGAUGAGUGACGUCACGGAGUGCAUGGGCGUUUCUGCUGUGGAGGCAGCGGCGGGAUUGGCGCGGCUGCUAUUCAUACGCUGCGUGGCCGUGCAGCUCGACGCGGCGCACGCGCUUUGCCUGCUACUGGAUGACGUGAGAUACUUACCUCCGAAAGAAGCUUUGCGGGCUGAUGUUCUGAUGAACGCUUUGAGACGCGUCCAACCGCAAGAUUUCAACAUCGACCAGAACAGUUCGCCAUCAAAAAAUCCACAGACAACAGGCCUAAUGCAGAUCUUGGACGUUUUAAAGCAAGACAUAGUAUUAGACCAGCACGGCACAGAGUACGUGAGCGGAGGCCUAGUGCGGCCGACGCUGGAGCCCUCGCUGCGCCGGAGCACCCUGCAGCAGCUGUCCGUGAUGAUGAGACAGCAGGAGUUACAUGAGGCCUUCCUGCAGGCCGACGGCCUGAGGCUCGUGCAAGGCUUUAGAGUACGGGGCGGAGGCCUAGUGCGGCCGACGCUGGAGCCCUCGCUGCGCCGGAGCACCCUGCAGCAGCUGUCCGUGAUGAUGAGGCAGCAGGAGUUACAUGAGGCCUUCCUGCAGGCCGACGGCCUGAGGCUCGUGGUGGCCAUCCUGAGUGUGACACCAGCAAGGCUUAGAGUACGGGGCGGAGGCCUAGUCCGGCCGACGCUGGAGCCCUCGCUGCGCCGGAGCACCCUGCAGCAGCUGUCCGUGAUGAUGAGGCAGCAGGAGUUACAUGAGGCCUUCCUGCAGGCCGACGGCCUGAGGCUCGUGGUGGCCAUCCUGAGGAUGUCACUCAUGGUCGACGAUUAUUUGGCAUUCCCGGAGUGUGCCAUAAGCUGUGUGUCCAUUUUGAACAGCGUUUGCUUCUCCAGCCGGCAUAGUUUGGCCAAGAUAACUGAUUUACCAACUCUACUGGUCCGAGUGAUCCUAGUGUUCCCCGCCAACGACUCGGCCGUGUUGAUGUCAGCUCAAGUACUAGCGCUGACAGUGUGGUCGGGCUUCGCCCUGCAAGAGCUGGACGAGCACAGGCGCCGCGUGCCCGCGCUGCCCGAGUGCGUCACGCAGCGGUGCGCGCUGCCCUUUACAGCCACUAGUUAUUGGGCGACCAGUCCUAAUGCUGGCCAUUCGGCUGUGGAAUGGCUGACAUCAGACGAGGCGUGGCGCUCAACCAUCCGCGUCCGCUGGUGGUGCGCUUAUGAGGGAUGCGCCCGCGUCCUGUGCGGCGCGCCCCCGCCCCCCGCGCCGCUCGCGCUGCGCCCUGCGGAUCAAGACCGAGCUCUACUAAGGGCUGCGAGCCCUGGACACGCAGCCGCCACAGCUCUGCUGGCUUUAGAGAAUGCUACGUCACAUGCACAGGUGGCUGACGCGCUGUGCUUGCUGGAAAAUUAUGCGCACCUCAUGCCUCGCUCCUCGGUGACGGGGGAGCAGUUUGCCGCGUUGCCAUGGCAACACAUGCGCCGGUUCCUACGCGCUCCGCCCGCUUCUAUCCGAGAUGCAGCGUUGUUUACUGCAGUCAUGCAUUUCAUACUCGCUUAUAUGGACAAUGUGCCUAGCGAAGGAGGAACAAUGUCCUGGAUAAAGUCAUCUUUCAUCGGCAACGACACGUCCGUGAUAUCGCUGCUUAGCCGUGAUCAGUUGUUGCCGCAGCAGACGCCGCAAGAUGGCGUGGAAGUGACGCAACUCCACAUACACAUAGUGAAAGUUCUGCUGCGAUGCGUCAAACUGCUGGAGUAUGAUGACUAUGACAGCAAUAAACUGGAGAGUCUAUUGAAGAUACUGCUCGCGUGUCUAGCGAGGGUUGACUUGAAGAAUUUUCAUGCUUUAGGAUACCUCAACGAACUGAUGCGUUGUAUAAGAUACGUAUUGCAUUCUCGGUACUGCAAGCUAUCUGAAGACACUCUAGUGCAAUGCUUCAAGAUCAUAGCUGAAACGCUCAGUGGUUGCGCAUCGGGGGGAGGGAGGAAGGGGCACGCGUGUCGACUGGAUGCCAUACUCUCUUUACUAUCUCUAUUGAAGCAGGCACAUCAAGAAGGAAUACCGGUUCAACGAUGGUGCGAAGCGUGGAGCAGCGAAGCGGUGCAGGCUGUAGUGGGUUGCAGUGCAGCUCAGAGCGCUCAGUUGCGGGCGGCUGCGCUGGCGGCCAUGGCUGCGCUCGCGCACCAUCCGCAGCUGAUGCCGCACCUGAUGCAGGCAAUACAAGAAGAAUCCCUCUGUGCUUUCGCGGCCCGUAUCCUGAGCGAUCGGCGCGAAGCUAAUGUGUGUCGCGCAGGCGCGGCUUCCCUGCUCGCCACGAUCGCGGCUCGCGCGUCCCCGCAUUGUGACGUUUUAGAAAGCGAUUGUCUUGACCAGUUGAAAAUUAAUAACAUAUUAGACAUCUGCAUCGAAAUACUUGUCGACUUUUGCAACGAGAAAGAUUACGAAAAAUCUCUAGAGCCAAACGUGCCCUUGUCCAUGCUUGAAAGGUUCACGGAACUCGAGGUGCGUUCGCACAAAUGUGGGGAUGUGCACGUUUCUCCCUCCCUGACUUCGUUCCGUGGCGCGCCGCCUCCUAGUGCGGCACUAGUGAGCGCAGUAGCUGAUAUGCUGCAUAACGUCAGCGCCUUUGCGCAUGCACCGGUGCAAGCCUGGAACGAGAAGGGACUUUACAGACUGCUUUUUAGGUGCGCGUCUCUAUCAAACGGUCCCAAGACCGAUAUACAUCGGGUGCGGGCGGCGUCGUGUCGCGCGCUAGUCGCCGCGACGUCGCACCGUUGCGUACGCGCAACUCUCGCUUCAACCAAGGACUGUCUGCAUAACAUGCUGCUCACGCUCACGCCAUUACCAGAAGAUGAAAUGGACGCAGAAUGCAUAUCUGCGCGAACGCAGGCUCUGCUGUUGCUAGCGUCGCUUCUUAGCGAGCGCGGUGCCGCCGACAGCGUGUGGGAAGACGUGCGCGGGAGUCGAUUGACUUCUUUCUUCUGCUUCCUGCUGCAGUGUCUGGAGGGCGAUGAACUUGAGCUCCAAGCCGCUGCCUUGUUCUGUUUGACACAACUGACCCAAUCCAUGACUCAGAAGCGUCACGUGGACAAGUCACGUGAUGAGUCCAGACUUCAGUUCUUCGAUAACCUGAAAUCAACUUCAUCGUCUAUUGAAGUGGAAGAAAGAAACGGCGGCGGAGACAGUGCCAGAGAUGACUGCCGCCCAGAGUAUAUGGCGGAAGAAUUCUGUAGAGUAUUGAUUAGGCUGUACAGGAAGAUCUCGCUGGAAAACAAGAAGUUUCAGUGCAGUCAAGAUGACCCAUGGACGCGCUUGUGUUCAUCCCUAUCAUCGCUACUCUCCGCAAGCGGGCGGAGUCGAGCAUUCGCAGUACACCGCGGGCUCCCUUCGACGCUGCUGCUGACGCUGCAAGCCGUGCGCGACCACCUCUCCGUACUGGGGAAGCCGAUAGAGACCAUCAAGAACGCUAACCACUUUCUAUCAUCGCGCAAGCGGGCGGAGCCGCUCCUUCGCAGUACACCGCGGGUCCCUUCGACGCUGCUGCUGACGCUGCAAACCGUGCGCGACCACCUCUCCGUACUGGGGAAGCCGAUAGAGACCAUCAAAAAUGCUAACCACCGCAAGCGGGUGGAGCCGCUCCUUCGCAGUACACCGCGGGGUCCCUUCGACGCUACUGUUGACGCUGCAAGCCGUGUGCGACCAUCUCUCCGUACUGGGGAAGCCGAUAGAGACCGCGUAGACACUAGUCUACGCUAG